UUUUUCUUUAAGCAAAUUGCACUAGACAGCAACAUAUACCAAUUUGCAAUUUCGACUCCUGCCUCUCUAUAGUAGAUAAGUUCUCCCACUGUCCCCACACUAGGAAAAUAUCUGUGGGUGGUGUGGGUCGAUAGAUUCUAUGUAUAAACUGCACUAACUGUAUAGUAUACCACUACGCUCUUUAAUUCUGUUUUAUGAGAUUUUAACCUAUAUAGGGUUUUUGGGAGAUUUUUUUCCUGUGUUUCGAAAUGGACGCCGUUCAAGAAGCCCAGAACAGGGAGGCGUUCCGGCAUGCCGUCGUCAAUACCCUUGAACGGCGUUUAUUUUACAUCCCUUCCUUCAAGAUCUACCGCGGUGUUGCCGGCCUUUAUGAUUAUGGGCCGCCGGGCUGUGCCGUUAAGUCUAACGUCCUCGCCUUCUGGCGUCAGCAUUUUGUCCUUGAGGAGAACAUGCUAGAAGUCGAUUGCCCUUGUGUCACACCAGAGGUUGUGCUCAAGGCAUCUGGCCAUGUUGACAAGUUUACCGACCUCAUGGUCAAAGAUGAAAAGACUGGAACGUGUUACCGGGCAGAUCAUCUGCUCAAGGACUACUGCAAAGACAAGCUUGAGAAGGACCCUAACCUUAGUGCUGAUAAGGCAGCUGAGCUCGGGCAUGUGCUUGCUGUGCUAGAUGAUCUUUCUUCAGAGGAGCUUGGUGCUAAAAUAAAAGGUUAUAAAAUUACAGCUCCAGACACAAAGAACAGCCUCUCAGACCCUUACCCUUUUAACCUAAUGUUUCAGACAUCAAUUGGGCCGUCUGGCUUGAGCCCUGGUUAUAUGCGUCCUGAGACAGCUCAGGGAAUUUUUGUGAACUUUAAGGACUUGUACUACUAUAACGGCAACAAGCUUCCUUUUGCAGCUGCACAGAUUGGUCAAGCUUUUCGAAAUGAGAUCUCUCCAAGGCAAGGUCUACUAAGGGUUCGCGAAUUUACACUUGCCGAAAUCGAGCACUUUGUGGAUCCUGAUGAUAAAUCCCACCCUAAAUUUGCUGAGGUUGCCACAUUGGAAUUUUUAAUGUUCCCAAGGGAAGAUCAGGUGUCCGGACGAGCAGCAAGGAGAAUAGCUAUUGGGGAAGCAGUGGCGCAGGGAAUUGUGAAUAACGAGACACUGGGUUAUUUCAUCGGGCGUGUGUAUCUCUUCUUAACUCAACUUGGUAUUGAUAAGGACCGGCUAAGGUUUCGCCAGCAUCUGGCGAAUGAGAUGGCACACUAUGCAGCUGACUGUUGGGAUGCUGAAAUUGAAUGCUCUUAUGGUUGGAUCGAGUGUGUUGGUAUUGCUGAUAGAUCGGCAUAUGAUUUGCGUGCCCACACUGAUAAAAGUGGAGUUCUCCUGGUUGCACAUGAAAAAUUCACAGAACCUAGAGAAGUCGAGAAACUUGUCAUAACACCGGUUAAGAAAGAGCUGGGUCUUGCCUUUAAGGGUAGCCAAAAGAUGGUGGUUGAAGCUUUGGAGGCCAUGGAUGAAAAGGAAGCCAUGGAGUUGAAAGCAACUCUGGAAGCCAAAGGAGAGGCCGAGUUUCGCGUUUGCACCCUCGACAGGGCCGUGACCAUAAAGAGUAAUAUGGUCUCCAUCUCCAAGGAGAAGAAAAAAGAGCACCAGAGGGUUUUCACGCCAUCGGUUAUCGAGCCAUCAUUCGGUAUUGGGAGGAUCAUUUACUGCCUCUACGAACACUCGUUUUACACGAGACCCAGCCGAGAUGGGGACGAACAGCUCAACGUCUUCGGCUUUCCGCCCCUCGUGGCCCCCAUCAAAUGCACCGUCUUCCCUCUCGUUCAAAACGAACAAUAUGAAGAAGUUGCUAGAAAGAUUGCCAGGUCACUUACUGCUGUUGGGAUCACGUACAAAAUUGACGUUACAGGUACCUCGAUUGGAAAGAGAUAUGCGAGAACUGAUGAACUGGGAGUCCCGCUGGCGAUUACAGUGGACUCGACAAGCUCAGUGACUGUUAGAGAAAGGGACAGCAAACAACAGAUUCGUGUUAACGUGGAUGAGGUGGCGUCUGUUGUGAAGGAGUUUGCAGAUGGCGUGAGCACCUGGGGUGACGUGCUGUGGAGGUACCCGACUCAUUCUUCUUGACAAGGGUUUUUCGAGGGUUUUUUUUCGCCACACUUGUGUUUGUGCUUCUUUUUAUCACUUUAUUGUACGAAAAAGGCGCACACACUAGAGAAUUAUACAGAGACGCGCGUUGUGUUUGCUUACUUUUCUGUUUAAUGUAUUCUGGAUACGUGAAUAUUUGCUGGUUUCGUUCGGAAGUUGCAAAACAAGUUUAUAAUGUGGGAUUUUAUUUGACUGAGUCUAUGUUGCAUUGUACUGGAAAUUAUAUAUGUCAAACAUCAAUUAUCUUUCUUUUUUUAAUAUAAUAUUACCA